AUGAGUGGGAGUGCUGGAUUGGGCAGAAGUGGAACGUUUAUGGCCAUCGAUAUGGGGAUUCAACAGUAUGAGGCUGAAGGGGUGGUUGAUCCGCUCAAGUACAUGUGUGAGAUGAGGCAAGAUCGAGGAGGCAUAAUUCAAACAGCGGAUCAGUACAUAUACAUCCACAGAGCUCUAAGAGACUAUAUAACCACACUGUGAUGAUGAUGAUGAUGAUGCUGGGACAGACACAUGCAUGUCGUUUUAUAUCGUUAUAUACUACAUUCCUAUAUAAAUGUUUUUUUAUUGCAACCAUCUGCCUGUGCUAAAUAUAGUCGCACACAUUCAGAUGUGGAAGUAUACAGCAUGCAAAACAGGCAGAGUGUGC